AGCCACUGCUUUACAGGGCUAAACCGAGCCGUUCUAAAGUUGUUAAGGAGGGCCUGCAGAACUUCUCCAAAGACGAUUGGGACAUGUCAGAAAGUUCUUCAGGUGUGAACACUCUCAGUGGCAGUUUUCCCAAAUCCCACUCAUCCCAGUACUCUGACUUCGGGGUUGUGCGCACACCUCUGUCUGUGGACCAGAGUCCUGAUUCUGGACUUGUAUCUACACCUCUUCCAUCGAGUCGGUUCCGGUUUGUGUCGUGGCAUCGCCUGGAGCAGUGUGAUGUUACAGGUGACCAGCUGACCUGCCCCAGGGUCAGAGAAGGGCCAUCAGAAGAGGAGCUGUUUCAAAGAGAGGGGGAUGAAAUCUGUUUGGAGAGAGGGAGGAGAGGGAGGAGGAGAGAGGAGGAGGGACAGGGAUGGGAGGAGAGACUGCAAGAAAACUGGGAAAACUGUUUGGAGUUAAAUCUGUCCUAUCAGGACUUGGGCGAUCCCUACCAGCAAGAGAAUUUCGUCCGGAUCCUCCGCCGGUUGAUCCGUGUGGAGAAACUACAACUGGUCGACAACUCCCUCACCGACCUGAGUUCUGUACGUCUGCCAAGGUGCAGAAUGCUAAACCUGCAGCGUAACCACCUGGUGUGUCUGCGUCGGCUGCCAAAGCUCCCGGCAGUGGAGCACCUUUGUCUGUCUGAGAACGCCAUCGGCUCCCUGGGGGGGCUGGUAGCUCUGGGCAACAGCCCGCUCCGCUCCCUCAACCUGACCCGCAACCCGGUGACCUUCACUCAGGACUACCGUGCACGGGUUUUCCUCUGUUUGCCAAAGCUAGAGAUGCUGGAUGGAAUCCCCAAGCUGCCAGAAGACUCACUGUCCACCAGACUGCAGGUCCCAGAAACCACCAGGAUGUGCAACAUUUUGUGACAUACAUCCAUGGAUGUGCAAAUCCUGCAACACUUGAAGUGAUGACAAGGCUUCAGUAAAGUACAAACUUUGAGGUCUCAUGGAGCUUUGCAGAGCAUGACCUCAGCUGUCUCAAUCACAAAAUGACGACUGUUGCCACAAUUUUAGACCACACUGACAAUGCAGUCACAGGAAAUGUGCUCCGAGGCCAUACAAAAUGUUUUUUAUAUUAGCAUCAAUUACCUAUACAUAUACUAUAAUUACAUAUAAUUUUUUUUGUAUGCCUGAUACUUAUUUUGAUAAUAAAUACUUUUUUCCUCCUUUUGUGUUCAGUUUUUAACUGAACAUGGUGCAGUACAGAGAUAUAUAUCAAGUGGUGAUGACGAACUUUGGCUUUGAUAGAGGAAAAGAGAGAGAGAGAGGACUAAUCAGAUUGUUACAUGACUCAUCUCUAGCAGCUCGACAUCUCUUAGGACUUUGCUGAGCCAACACACUCACACUCCUCUGUCUGCUACGGGUUGUGCCAAACACACAUCGCAGAACUUAUUUUAGAUACAACUGCAGUAACACAAUUGCAGGCACCUAAAAUGUAUCUUAUUGUACGGAUUACUGGAUUUUUAAUGGGUAUCUGAGUCUUUAGUGUACAUGUGUAAUAUGUGAGAAGAGAAACGGGACAUCCGCUUUCGAGGCUUAUCAAACAUUUAGUGUCCAGUCUCCCCAGGAUAAUGGCCUCUUGUGUCCUCUGACUGACUGGGUAAUGACCCGUAAGCCUCAUGCAGCAGGUCUCGUGCACACACGCACACAUAAAACAUGUACGCAGAGAGUAAUUCCUAGUAGCUUGUGAAGCAC